CAAGAAUCGACGUAAACCGGUACGCAGAGAGCGGAUCGAAGACCGAAGAAGGAUUGUAGCACGGAAACAAGAGAAAAAGCAUUCGUCGGUGCGGUCGCGGAUAUGUUUUCACUCGCAUCAUCUCGGCUCGCAUCAAUCUGAUAUCGCACGAGGGCGGAGGACGAACCGAAGAUACCUACCUGGUGCUUUCCCGGGCACCUACAUUCCUGCUGGCGUGCCAAUCGUUCCCAUUCGUUCGGUCCUCUCGGGCGACGGGCAACAGCGACUUCUAUUUCGAUCCUUUUCUCGAACUCACAUCCUUCUCGUCGUUUGCACGUUUAUACAAUUUGCGUUCCUGUGCGACCACCCGACCGUUCGUUCGGUAUGAGAUUGCAAACGACGGUAGUGAUGCGUGUUCCGGUUGCAAUUGCACAAAGAUCGGAGGGACGACAAUCCGACUGUUACACAAGUAGUAGACUGUAACGAACCAGGUGGUCGAGGUUGAGCUGUACCCCCCCGGCAUAAUUCCAUUCUGCAUGAUGCUCUAAUAUCGCUAGAAUAAGUAUUUAUUUUACUCGCAUGACACGCGGAGAGCGCAACUCCGAGCGGUGACUAAUCCCUGAAGCGCCGGGAAGGGCAGACUUCACUCGCUGAACGCUCUGUGUGUCGGUCGGAAAAUCGAAAAAGACUUUUUUGUGUUUUCUCUUUUUUGUUUUUUCAUUUUUUUUAUUUUGCUAGAGUAAGUAAUCGAAUGUUUCCAUCGAAUGCUUUGUAGCGAUCACAGGUUGGUUUCCGUCCCGUCCUUUACUCCGGACUUACUCGGUUAGCUAGCGGUAAACGCCACUCCAGAAGGUAUUUUAGUUAAGCUUACACACUAGUGACAGUUUUACAACCUUACAAACUAAUCAGUUUCUCUCGGGUAUGUGGCAGCAUUACUGCUUCCCUUUUUUAUAUGUGUACGAAUUAGCCAAACUCGAACAGUAAUGCAGGCGAGGCGCGAGAGGCUGCUUGUUUCGGGAUAUAUUUAUUUUCUUAAAGGUAUAAGACCCGUUUUUAGGCGGAUUCGUGCUACAAUAGUUCGUGCAGCAGUUAUGAUAGUGAUUACAAGUUUAGAUUACAGUGACGGUACUACGGUAGAUUACGAUUAGCGGAUAGGUCAGACUCAAAUCAAACAGUAACACGGAACCACUUACAAUAAAUCAAACGAACCAUAAUUCCAAUGAAUGAUUCCGGUCCUCUUGUUACUUCUACAUUCAGUCCUAUAAGUAGUAGGUCCAGUUGUUACAUGAAAUAGCGUAGUGGGAUUUCCAUUUCCGUUUUUUUUGUUUUUGGCUAAAUCUGUAACACUCUUGAACACACACCUAAAAGUUGCUCACGUAGGAGAUAGGAAUGGGAAGGAAUUAAUAAAGACAGUUAGCGCCCGGGGUUGGUACUGAAAAAUGCAGAAAAAAAGGGUCGGCGUGAAAGGUAGCAGACCGGCCGAUCGAGUGAGGACCUGGAUGGAGUGGAUUGCCACUUAGAUUGUCAGCAAGCAUUGGCAGUUUCUACUCGUGGGCGUGUUGUAUCAUACUGAUAAAGUGAACUCAGAAAAAUCGUUCA